AUGCGCUUUAAUGGGCGAACGAUUUGUCACCAUGCGCGUCGCGCACCCGUCCGUCCACGCGUGCCCAGCGCGGUGCCGCCAGUUGAACUACGGAGGAGCGCCAAAACAAAAUCGACUGUACAAUUGAAAGACCUACCACAAGGUGUUGUCAAGCUUGAAGCAUAUGAUGAUGGGCAGGAUGACGCACCUCGAUAUCCAACUGUGGUACAAGGGCAUCGUAAUAACAUGCAGAAAUUCAACAACUGUGUUAUUCUCACCAGACUUUACUUCGAACAAGCCGAAGAGCUCGCGCCAUUGUUGAGUAUAAAGCUUGCAAGCAAGAAGACUAGCGCUGGCCCAGUGCCGAUGGCAGGCUUCCCCUUCUUUCAGCUCGAUCGAUUCCUUAAGAUUCUCGUCCAAGACCUUAAUAGAUACGUUGCUAUUAGCGAAGAGUUUGCUAUCGUCGAAGAAGAGAAAAUGCGCUCUGGUGGCCUGCUCUUUGAUCGGAAAGUGGCCAGGAUCGUCAGCCCUGGUACAUUAAUCGAUGAAAAGUUCAUCGACCCUUCUGAGAACAAUUUCCUGUUGGCCAUAUAUCUAGAUAUCUCUUCUUUGGAAGCACAGUCAAAGCAACAGGCCGAUAAUCCGUCUUCACAGCACAUACUAUCCACUGGUCCUCAAAGCGUAGGACUGUCGUGGCUGGAUCUUUCCACGGGUGAUUUCUUCACCCAGCUUACAACGACACAAAUGCUUCCAUCUGCCAUUGCCCGAAUCGGUGCCCGGGAGAUUCUUGUGGAUCAGAACGUCCAAGACGUCAUUGGACAAGAAAUACAACUUUUGGUUGGGCAGGAGCACCGGCUGGUUACCUUCUUCCGAUUUCCCAACACGAUUGCACCGAUGUCGGAAUGGGAUAUAAUGCUGGAUGCCCCGAUUCCUGAGGAAAGCCACGCAUCCUUCACAACACAGGAGGUGGCGGCCGGUUACAGCUUGCUAGAAUACAUUCGAGUACAAUUACAGCGAUCUGAUCUCAAGCUCCAGCCUCCGCGUCGACGGCAUUUGGAUGAAUCGAUGGGUAUUGAUCGCAACAGUCUAAGAGGACUUGAAAUCUUAGAAACUGCUCGAGACGGUUUUGGGAAGGGCAGCCUGCUUCACGCGGUCCGCAGAACAAGUACCAAAAGUGGUGCACGUCUUCUGCGAGACAGACUGACCUCCCCAUCUACUACACUUCAAGUCAUCAAUGGUCGCCUCGAUUUAGUCUCUGUUUUCAUUGGAAAUGAAGAUCUCCGUGAGAGCGUGGUACAAUUGUUGAAACGAAGCUAUGACUCCCAGCGUCUGGUUCAGAAAUUUGCCCUUGGCAAAGGAGAUCCUGAUGACUUGGUCUGUCUUUCCCGGGCCACAGAAGCGUCCAAGGGAGUCAGACAAGUUCUUUAUGACCACGUGAGGCAAUUGUCUUCCACUGGAAAUUAUGAUGCUCAACGCAGCCUUGAAUCUAUGAUUUCACGACUUCAUCUUGACGGGCCCAUAGCCCUGGCAGAGCGCAUAAUUGCGGCGAUUGAUGAAGAGGGUCUACUUCAGAAACAGCGCAUCGAGGAUAGUACGGCUGCCGAAGCAGCCAGCUUGGCCCAAGAGGUUACUAUGAAUGAGGGCACAUCGAGUGAGAUGGAGUCAUUACCCAAGAAAGUGCGAACGAAAAUACCUGAGCGGGCCGCGGCGACAGAUCCCGACUCUGGUCCAGUUGAAACGUGGAUCAUGAGACGAGACGCCAGCAAUAUUUUGAACAGUCUUCACGGAGAGUUGGAGCAGCUUGUAAAUGACAAGUCUGACCUCACACAGCGGCUCCGGGAUUCAGUGGGGUCUACGUCCUUGAAUCUUAAAUGGACCCCCGGUCUGGGUCAUAUCUGCCAUGUCAAAGGUGCUAAAAUCUCCCAGCAGGCUAUCGAGGACUUGGGGGUGACUCGAAGUGUUUCUUCUACCAAAUCGACUCGCUCAUUUUACCUUCCUGCAUGGACGGCACUGGGCAACAAGAUGGACCAUAUUAAGGUUCGAAUCCGCCAGGAAGAGCAGGCCAUUUUUGAACGUCUUCGUCGGGAAGUGAUCAUCAAUCUGGUCAAGAUCCGCCGCAACGCAGCGGUCAUGGAUGAGUUGGAUGUCGCUUGUUCAUUUGCCACGUUGGCCCAGGAGCAGCAGAUGGUUCGACCAAUCCUGAAUGACGGAACAACGCACAAGGUAGUGGGAGGAAGACAUGCCACGGUCAAACUGGGCCUUGAGGAGCAGGGACGUUCGUUUGUGAGCAACGAUUGCUUCCUUGGUGAUAAGGAGCAGAUCUGGCUUAUCACUGGUCCUAACAUGGCGGGCAAAAGUACAUUCCUGCGGCAGAACGCGUUGAUCACGAUCCUAGCCCAGAUCGGGUCCUAUGUACCUGCAGCUUACGCCGAGAUCGGAAUAGUCGAUCAGAUCUUUAGUCGUAUUGGUGCAGCCGACGAUCUGUUCCGCGAUCAGUCGACAUUUAUGGUGGAGAUGCUUGAGACAGCUGCCAUAUUGAAGCAAGCCACGCCGCGUUCUUUUGUUAUCAUGGAUGAAGUUGGCCGAGGCACAACCCCCGAGGAUGGCACUGCCGUUAGCUUUGCAUGUCUUCACCAUUUGCAUUAUCACAAUCAGAGUCGUACCCUCUUCGCGACUCACUUCCAUGGGCUCGCGGAUAUGACACAAAACUUCGAACGUCUUGAGAGGUACUGUACUGAUGUGAAGGAGACUCCAUCCGGGUCCUUCUCUUUUGAUCAUCGCCUUCGGAAGGGUGUCAACCGCGAGUCACACGCCCUCAAAGUUGCCCAACUAGCGGGUCUGCCCCGAGAAACCAUCGACCUGGCCACCCGUGUUCGCCAGGAGAUGAAGGAUGAGAUGGCUUUCCUUCGAGCCUCUGUCGAGGACCAGCCCGCCUCGCAUGGAGCCUGA